UCGACUGCAUCGUACAUAAUUGUGCCGAUCCGUGUGUAGCGAUCCGAUUACGUGUUAUUCGACUAAUUUCGAGCAAGAGGCGAUGAAGCCUUCUACUUAUUCACUCUCGGUGAUUGGAUUAUGUUGGGCAUUACUCGCCUGGCUUAGUGGAGUGCAAGGCCAAGAUGCUCCGUGUACAACACCUCUUCAAAAAUCUGGCUAUUGCGUUCCAAUACAACGAUGUCGAAACAUUUACACACUGUUGAGUAAUCCUAUUCCUCCAUCGAAAGGACAUGCUAAUUACAUAAGGAAGGCAGCUUGCGUACUUCCCGAUGUUACGCGUAGCAUUUGCUGCGAACCACAAGAAGUGGUCGUUCAAUCCCCUUCACCGACUGCUACAACAGCAAGGACAUGUCCUAAUCGAUCAACUACUUCCAAGCUAAACUUACUACCGCAAGAAUGUGGGAAAGCCGCUGAAGAUAGAUUGUCAAGAGCAAAUGUUACUAAGGUAUUUUCGUACCCUUGGAUGGCGGUCAUUCGGUAUGAGGUGAAAGGAAAAAUCGCCGACCGAUGUGGUGGAUCCUUGAUUAACGAACGAUAUGUUCUAACAGCAGCGCAUUGCAUCCGGACUAGAAGGGAGAAAUUACAUAGCGUGGUACUGGGGGAACAUACUAAGGAUCAAGAAAUAGAUUGCAACGUUUUCCACGAUGAACGUGGAAAUGAAAUCGAUAGAGAUUGCGCCAAUCCAUCUGAAUCGUUUGGGGUUGAGUCGUACGCUGUACACGAGGAAUACAAUCGUCCAAGAUUCAGUAAUGACAUCGGACUGAUUCGCCUGAAUAGAGAUGUCACUUUUGCAGAUCACAUGCGACCACUUUGCUUACCAGUUACGGCAAAGCUUCGAAGGAACGUCUUCGAUAGAUACAUUGUAACUGGUUGGGGAAUGACGGAACAUGGAGCACCUUCGAAUGUGCUCCUACAAGCUACUGUGCCUCUCGUAGAUAACAAAGAGUGUCAACAGAAACUGAAUCAGAACCGACUAAACAUCAAGUUGAGCAGCAAACAUAUGUGCGCAGGCGGUGAAGAUUACGUUGACUCUUGCAGCGGGGAUUCGGGUGGACCAAUGGGAACUUUCGUCGACCAUCGGGGGGUCCGUUUCGUGCAGUACGGAAUCGUUGCCGCCGGUGUCAGCUCUUGUGGCCAAUUGAACGUACCUGGAGUGUACUGCCGGGUUGCUGAUUACAUGGACUGGAUAUUGGAUAAAAUUGAACCAAGCUGCUGAGCAUGAUUUGUAUAUUUCAACUUACAUAUAGGUACUGUCAAGGUUAGAUAAAGUCAGAAUAUAUAGCAUUAAAUGUC